AUAUAAUUCAUGAAAUGGUUCGUUGAACUGGUGAUUCUUGUGGAAGUUGAUGCGUAUUCUUGAGCUGACACUUUUGGCUGUCAUUGAAUAUCACCACUCAUCUCAAACGUGGAGACUAGGCUUCUUCCUUCAACAUCAUUCAUCGAACCAUGCAAAAGCACUCGUCAACUCCACGGCAAUGGAGCCUCUCCCCUCCCAUCGCCAGUUGAUUACAUCCCUCAUAAGUUCUGUCUCCAAUAUCGCGCCAUCGACCACCGCAGAAGACAUAUCAUCAGCGCAGCCACUUCGGGCCGCUCAACAACCCACAUUAUCACCCUUACAAGCCAUUCUCCCCUCUCAACGGCCUCUACUAUUAACUCUCCAUGUGCUGUUCCCAACUCUUCUGCUCCCAGCGCUGGAUCUUCUCGAUCGGGGUCUCGUCAUCAGGCUAGUGCGAAAUGAGGAGCUUCAAGAUGGGAUUUCAUCAGAUAAGAUAAAGAACGACAUGUUUCUUGUUCGCUCUCUCGCUACAACACUUUCACGCCGCACGCGAGACUUCAGUACAUCAUCGAAGCGCUACGUUGUGCAUCUUGAUGCGUGGAAUUGCACAUGUCCGAGCUUUACGUUGGAUGCUUUCCCAGCUCAUGCUCAUGCUGUCUCAACUACGAACCAAGUACAGAAGUUACCAACUGAAGAUGGAGAGUGGUCCUUUGGAGGCAUGAGUAUGGAUCUACGGGGAGAUGCUCCUCCAUGUUGCAAACACCUACUUGCAUGCUUACUUGUGGAUAAGUGGUCAGAAAUGCUCGGCAUGUGUGUUGAGGAUCGGGUUGUAUCAAAAGAUGAAAUGGCUGGUAUCGUAGCCAACUUGUAAAUAUGGUUCAUCAUAGCAGUAUCGAAAGACCCG